AUGGCUCCGCCCGUCCUAGAGCCAAAGGAGGUAGAAGCAGCACUGAAACAGCUAGAUCAGAAAAAGGCCGCGGGCUUCGAUGGGCUGCAGCCGGCAACCGUUUGCCCAUUGCUGACAUUAUUGCAGCUGCGCUGGCUCAGCUUUUCAACCGAUCCCUUGCCUCAGCAGCGCCGCGGACCAACUGCACCACAGCAGAAGUGGUGCCAACUCACAGAAAGCACUCUCAAAAGCAGACAAAGUACGACACUUAGCGCAAAUCUUGUCUAA